AUGAGGCGGGGAAAUGCGACUUUUCACUUUGAAUUCAUCCUUCUGGGAAUUUUUGAUCACAGUCCCACCCACACCUUCCUGUUCUCUCUGGUCCUGGGCAUCUUCACAAUGGCAUUCAUGGAAAACACUACUAUGAUUCUUAUCAUCUACCUGGACACUCAACUCCACACUCCCAUGUACUUCCUCCUCAGUCAACUCUCCCUCAUGGACCUUAUGCUCAUCUGCACCACAGUACCCAACAUGGCCUUCAGUUACUUGUCUGGCAGGAAAUCCAUCUCUUUGGCAGGUUGUGGAACUCAGAUAUUCUUCUAUGUGUCCUUGCUUGGAGCUGAAUGCUUUCUGUUGGCUGUCAUGGCCUAUGAUCGUUAUGUGGCUAUAUGCCACCCUCUUAGAUACACUAUCCUCAUGAAUCAGAAACUCUGCAAGCUUUCAACUGUAGCUUCCUGGAUCCUAGGCUCUCUUGAUGGAAUUAUUGUGCUUGCAGCUGCACUGUCUUUCUCUUACUGCAGCUCUCUGGAAAUUCAUCAUUUUUUCUGUGAUGUGGCUGCCCUUAUGCCUCUAUCGUGUACAGACACCACCACAUUUGAAAAACUGCUCUUUAUCUGUUGUGUAGUGAUGCUGAUUUUGCCAGUGUCUGUUAUUAUCAUUUCCUAUUCUUAUGUCCUCCGGGCUGUCAUUCACAUGAGUUCUGGACAAAGUCGCCACAAGGCUUUCACUACAUGCUCAUCACACCUGGCUGUGAUUGGACUUUACUAUGGUGCUGCCAUGUUCAUGUACAUGAGACCAGCUUCCAAACAUACACCAAAUCAAGACAAGAUGGUGUCAGCUUUCUACACCAUUCUCACCCCAAUGCUGAACCCCCUCAUCUACAGCCUCCGCAACAAAGAGGUAUCCCAAGGAUUUAAGAAGUUAUUAAAGAAAGGAAAGUUAGUGUAA